AUGGGGAAAUUUUUUGAUGUCUUCAAAAGCUGUUUGGGACGUCGGCCGCACGAAUCCCCGAAACGCGUGCGAAAGGAAUACCGACGCUACACUACCGAUUUCAGCGUCAACCCGGGGAGCAGUUUCGCGGUGAAAAUGUUCCGAGCUGUAAUUGGGACAGCGGACACUCCGGAUGCCAAUAUGGUCAUCAGUCCAUACUCAGCGGAAGUCAUUUUGGCGGCAGUUCUUCCCGGAACCAAUGGUGAACUGAAAUCCGCCCUAACAACGUUAUUAUGCCAAGAUGGAAGAGAUCUUUCCGAGUUGGUUAAGCAUCUGGAGGCGGUAAAUACGGACGGUGCACUGAAAUCAGUUAAUGCUGCGUUUUACGACGACAACUGCUGCCUGGCUCCAGAAUAUCAGGAGGCGAUCGAAACCCGAAUGAAAUUCGGGUUUGUUAAAACUCCCUUUGGAAAUUCGCCCAGAGAAGCAGUAACGACGGUGAAUAGUUUUGUGGCAGAAAAGACUGAGGGAAAAAUAACGAGUCUGCUAAGCGAAGUCGAUCCGAAGACGCUGUUAAUUCUGGUGAACUUCAUUGAUUUCUCCGGUCCGUGGGAAUUUCCCUUCGAUAAAAACAAGACGAAAAACGGGACAUUUUAUUGCCCGAAGGAUGUUGAGAAAACGGUGGAUUUCAUGGAAAACAAAGAAGCUUACCUCCGUGCACUGCCUCGCCACCAAGGCGAAGAAACGGGAUACCCGUAG